CAUACCUGAGCUUCUAACACGUCUAUCUCCUAUGACGUCACAAUGCAAUGCAGCACUAUCCAUCCAUUACACAGAAAGCUGUUCAUAUUCAUGUGAUGUGGGAUAUAGUCUUGUUGGAUCUGCAUCAGUAACAUGUCUGGCAAACAUGUCUCUCUCUGAUUUUUUGCCUUCAUGUGAAGUUGAGACCUGUAACGUACCACAGCUGCCACCCAACCUUUCAUCGUCAUGCACGGAGGGACAGAAUGUUGCAUACAAUACAACAUGUGAAUUUUCCUGCAACACUGGGUACGACCUUAUUGGGAUGUCAUCUCUAGAUUGCCUUGCCAACAGAACCUUCUCUGAUGAUAUUCCAACAUGUCAAAUUGUUACGUGUAACAUCCCAGCUUUUCCGGCAAACCUCACCAUGGAUAACACACAAUGCGGUACAGAGAUGAUGAUAGACUACAACACAUCGUGCAUGUAUGAAUGUCAGCCCGGAUAUGAACUCGUUGGUAACUCGUUUGUCAUCUGUCAGGCUAGUGGGGUGCUGUCCGCCGAGCUACCAACUUGUGAAGGCAUGUCAAUCUGAC